AUGUCGGGUUCAAACACCGCAUCCCCCAAUCGAACGGUGCUGCGGGCGCUUUCGAUUCGAAUCGCCAAUCCUCAGCCGCCCAAUGUGCGCCUCGCCCAAAAUUCAAACACGCCCAGCCUAUCCCGACGUGGCAGUGCCCAUGAAUACGCCCCAACACUCAGGGGCAGUAUCGUCAUUUGUCUCCCGCAGCCAGAAAGGGCCGAGGACGCGCAGCGCGUGCGCAGCACCCAACCCCUGCCUAUUUUGCUCUGUUCUGGACGCUACGCUCUCCUCUCCCCUCCCCUUCGUCUUCCGCCAUUCCCGCUAUCGCGGAGCGCAGGCUGGUGGAUGGCGAAGGUGGAUUCGGUGGCGCCGGUCCCGAGCCCGACGUUCAUGGACGCCACUCCCCUGAACCCGCCGCCGCCGCUGGUGGUGGAGGAGCUCGUGCUGCGCCGCAGUGCUCGUUGCCUCAAUAGGCCAACCCGGCCCAGCUACGCGGACCAGGAGCCUCCUAAAAAGCCCGGCGGCCGGGGCCGGGGCAAGCGGAAGAGGGAUGAGGAGAAGCCAGAGCUGGUGGCGGCGCAGCAGGGUGCCAAGAGCCCUGGCAGGAAGGUCUCCAAGGUCGAGGCGGGUGAGAGGAAGCCGAUGCCCGUGAUUGCGGCGGUGCCGGUCUCUUGCGCUGGCGUUGCUGCGGAAGACGAUGCGACGGGGACAGGGAAGAGCGCCAAGCUGAGGGUGAAGGAGACAUUGAGGGCGUUCAACAGCCACUACCUCCACUUUGUGCAGGAGGAGCAGAAAAGAGCUCAGGCUGCGCUACAGGAGAUUGAGGCUAAGAGUGGCCUCAAACGUCAGACCAAAGGGGGUAAAAAGAAGAGCAGUAAGCAAGAGGCUGAAGCUGAGGAGAAAGAGAAACGCCCAUCAAAGCGGCCUGACCUGAAGGCAAUCACCAAGAUGCAAGAAAUGAAUGCCGUGCUUUAUCCAGAGAAGAGGAUUGGGCAUCUACCAGGGAUCGAUGUCGGAGAUCAGUUUUAUUCUCGUGCUGAAAUGGUAGUGUUGGGCAUCCACAGCCAUUGGCUCAAUGGCAUUGACUACAUGGGGAUGAAAUACCAAGCAAAGAUUUGUGUGUCAAAGUGUCAUAUUGGAGACUAUGUCAAUGUCCUCAUGGAUAAUUCCUUGUCGCAACAUCUUGUAGUUGUUUCUUUGUAUUUUUCUAAAUGUUGA